AUGUCGGAGAUUGGAAGAAGAAAUGCGGCACCGGUGCUAAGAAUUCGGGUUCCCUGGUUCGAUAACUCUGAUAUAAUCAGAAGUCUCGGAAAAACUCUGAUCGGUAGGGUUAUGAAUCCUGAGAUGCAGAAUGUUGGAUCUUUGGUUACCCUAAUGCCGAAAAUCUGGAAACUAGAUGACGAUCGAGUAACCGGUUCGGAUUUGGGUUUGGGAAGGUUCCGGUUUGAUUUCAAGAGAGAAGAAGAUAUUUUCCAAGUGCUCGAAACAGAGACUUUCACUUUUAACGAAUGGAUGGUUUCGAUUGUGAGAUGGGAACCGGUUGUACGCAGAGACUAUCCAUCGGAGAUCAAUUUCUGGGUCAGAAUCGUUGGUGUUCCUGAGGAUUUAUGGGAAGAUCGGAUUUUCAGGAGAAUCGGAGAUGAGAUUGGUACGGUUCGAGAAGUUGAUGAAGUGAAUGCGAUGGUUAAAGUGAGUAUCGAUGGUACUAAACCGUUGUGCUUUGAAAUACCGGUUCGAUUUGAAAUUGAGGAAGUGGAUGUGAUUGUGAAGAUGGAGUAUGAGAAGCUUUUUGGUUACUGUGAGACUUGUUUUAGUCUUCGUCAUGACAAAGAUUCUUGCCCUGAAAGCGAUUCGUGCGAAGAUGGCGAGGAAGAGGAUGAUUUGAAUUAA